CAAAUCUCAAAACGCUUUUAGCUUUCUUGAAUUUCUUCAAAAUUAUACAUGAUAUUAAAAAUAAAACACAAAAUAAAAUAUAACGAAAAAUAUAAGCACAAUUGGCAAUUAGAAUGUAAGUUUGAUAUUAGAUUCAAUGUCUCUGACCAAUACUUGCUGUGGACGUGUCCGACGUGAUAAAAUAUUAAUGGUUGUAAAAACUGUAUAAAAAUAUAUGGCUACCACUGAAUUGGUAUGUAUAUAUUUAUAUUAAAUAUAUAUUUAUAUAUUAAAUGUUUUAUUGUUUACAUUUUAUAUUUAUAUUUUUAAAAUAUUGUGAAAUAAUUAAAGUGAAAAUAUCUUAAUUAAAAAUAGUACAGCCCGAUAAUAUUUAGUUAUAAAUAAUAAUAUUGCCACACAUAUACAGAGACAGUGGAGCGGGGGGUUGGGGUUGGGGGGGGGGGUGCUGUGGGGCUUUAGCCCCCCUCUCCCACAAUGAUGUUCCAUACAUAUGUUUUAUAAACUAAGAAUACUGAAAUCGUUCAGAUCACAAUAUAUUGUUAUUGUUUAGAUAACAAUAUAUUUAUAACUUAUAUAGCCAAGUAUUGAGUAUUAAAUCUAUUUCUAAAAUCUGGUUAAGAUUAAACAAAUGAUGGGAAAUUAAUAUUAGAUUAAGAGUUGUUUAUUAAGAAACUUUUUAACAGCAACUAGUAAACUUGAUUGCAUUUCCAGGGAUCUGGGAGGUCUCAGAUUUCAAAAUUUCCCAGGAGAGCAUGCUCCCCAACCCUCCCGGCAGGUACAAAACGCAGGUUGCAGGUUGGAAUUUUGCAGGUUGGGAAUUUUGCAGGUUGGGAAUUUUGCAGGUUGGAAUUUUGCAGGUUGGGGAUUUUGCAGGUUGGAAUUUUGCAGGUUGACAGGAAUUUUGCAGGUUGAUGAUGCAAACUGAAAAUUACACUACUAUAAAGUAUUCUAGUAUAAUUUUAUUGUGUACUUAUUGCAGUCUGACUCCUUGUCACCGCUUUUGAUAUCAGCCUAUCCUGCUACCAUGUUUCUAGCCUCUGCUCAUCACCCUUGUGAAAACAUUCAAAAUGACCAGAUUGGCUUGGAUCUUCAGGGGAACGAAUGUUUCGAUUGUUGCGAGGAGCCGACAUGACGUGGUGGCAGUUCAGAAAAUGCCUGAAUGAGGUGUCUCUCCUCUGCACCCACUUAUGAGACCACUCAAGCCCCCCAAUUACCGUAUCAUUACUCGAAAGUUAGUUAACUUUUAAUUAACAACAUUCUAGUAUAAACACCACGACAUCAUGUAGGCACCUCGCAACAAUCAAAACAUUCGUCCAGGGGCGUAGGAAGCUUCUAAAAGUUUGGGGAGGGGUGCCAGGCUUUGAGGGGCACUUGACGAAUAAAAAAGGGCAUCUAAAAAUUAUUUUUUUCCGGAUAUAUCCAAUUUUCCUAAAUAUGAAAAAAUGUUCCGGAAAUACAAAAAAUUUUUUCGGACAUCAUAUUUUUUCUGAAAAUGAAAAAAAUAUUCCGGAAAAUAACAUAAAUUCAAGUUUCGAAAAGUGCGCUUUGGGCAAAAAAAGGCAAUCCUUAAAACAUUUUUAACACAAAAAAAGGGCACUUUGCUGCCGGAAAAAGGGCACUUGGCAAAACUUGGGGGGCCUGCCUCCCCUGGCCAUCCCCGGUUCCUACGCCCCUGCGUUCGUCUCCCUGUAGGUCCAAGCCAAUCUGGUCAUUUUGAAUGUUUUCGCUGGGGUGAUGGCCACUAGCCUUAGAGCAGAGGCGCCAACAAGGAGUCAGACUGCAAUAAAUGCACAACUAAAUUAUACUAGAAUACUAAAAAAGUGGUGUAAUUUUAAGUUUGCAUUAUCAACCUGCAAAGUUCCUGGCAACCUGCAAAAUUCCAACCUGCAAAGUCCCCAACCUGCAAAAUUCGCAACCUGCAAAAUUCCAACCGCAACCUGCAACCUGCGUUUUGUACCUGCCGCUUUAUAGUAGUGUAAUUUUCAGUUUGCAUCAUCAACCUGCAAAAUUCCUGUCAACCUGCAAAAUUCCAACCUGCAAAAUCCCCAACCUGCAAAAUUCCAACCUGCAAAAUAUUUAUACCAACUAAUAAGGAAUAAUUGUAUGUAAACUCGUGCUAAUAAAAUAAACCCAUUUAUUACUAUUACUGUUACUGUUGCUACUUCCUAUAAAAAUAAAAAUUGAGAGUCGAAACUUAAGGAUGGAGGGGAACGAUACGGAUAGGAAAUUUUGGAACCAGCUGAGAGCAGUGGUACAAUACAAAGCCAACAAAGGGGAUAGAACAUGGUUGCCUGCAAAUGAGGCUACAUUCCGCUAUCAAAGUUCUUUCGGAUAUUAUUUUGGGGGCACUCCCACUUGGGGGGGGGGUGAUUUACUGCUAGCAGGGAAUUUUUUUCUGGGAUUGUUAUGUGCAAGAUAUUUUUUUCCUACCCAUCACCAUGUACGAUUUUUUUGCCACUCUCUUUUCGCAACAUUUUUUUUUCAAUAGGUUAUACUAUUUAGAUUCUUUAAUUAUAGUUAACGUUGAGUUUUCUAGCUUCAUGCAUUGCUUUUAAUAAUACAUAUUGCUAUGAGGUAUAACAGUUGGUUCAGGGCCUCUUUUAAGGUUGUGUAACUGGAGAGGACAUAUUUAGCGGGGGACCUGGAGAAGUUCCAGUCAGCAAGUCUGUAUCGGCCUGUAUCACUGCAGCUACCAGCAUAUAUAUGCAUGGUUUAACUAAUAAGUAUACAUCAUAGGGCAGAAAAUCAGGCUUUAACUAGGAUUUUGAGGCAACCGAGUCGACAAUCGAAGGUGCCAGCCUCUAGAGGGGUCUGGGGAGGAUUUUGGAUUUCUUGAAUCUCAGAUAAGCUAUUUCCAGCAUUAUGAGGAGUUUUCCAACAAGAAAUUAACCUUACACUAGUUCCUGAAAAUCAAACACCAGCUGAUCUUCUGGGACUGUUUUGCAACAUUUUUUCCCCCACCAAAUACUGGGGCAGGAUAUUUUUUCCCCCAGUUUGUUAGUGCAGGUAUUUUUUUGUUCAGAAUAGCCUUGCAGGAAUUUUUUUUCAAAAUCCCCCCCCCCCUUCAAAAGCUAAAUGGUCAGCCCCUUAUUGGUGCAGUUACUCUCUUUCUUUCUAUUUUUCUUUCUUUCCUUUUCCUUCUUUUCUUUCUUUCUCUUCUUUUCUUCCUUUCCCCUCUUUCUAGUUUCUUCCUUCCUUUUUUUCUUUCUGCCAGCAUAAAAAUUUUCUGGGACCAAUGGUCCGCUAUAUUUUCCACCCCUGAAAUACAAUCUGCUUUUGUGAAGUCAGAACAAUUUGUAAUGAGUGUGGAUCAUUCCUGAAAAGAUCCACACUCCCCCAACAGAGGGAAUUUAUGCUGUCUGGAGGAGAAGAAAUGUACUGUACUUCUGAUGAUAGUAAAAUGUGGAAGGGGGAUGUUAACUUCCAAUUUCCUUUGUGGGGGAUGUGUGCGUGCAUGUUUUCUGUGAAUGUUUUCUGAAUUGAUUAUCUACCAAAUUCACUCAGCAAUCCAUUCAAUAAUGGUUUGAAUAAUGAGUGCUCACUUGACCCUUGACUGCAUGCCUUUCAAUUUGGACUGAAAGUCUGAAAUUCUUGAUGUUUGUCUGUUCUAUAAAAAUUUUAAUAUGGUUGUAUAUAUUGAAAGUUAAUUUGUAUAUGGUGUCACGUCGACAAUCAUGUUUCUCCGUUUAAUAUUUCAAGUCAAGUUUCUGUUUUGAAGUCAAAUAUGCCUAUUUUAAUUCAUUGAUUUGCUGGGCAACAAUAUUUCUCACAUGACAAGUACAGCUCAAUAUGCGAGCAAGGUAGCUUUUCUGACAACCUCGUAUUCUGCGGCCACACUGUGGGCCUUUUUGACAUGUUUGCCCCCCGCCCCCGGGGAAUUACAGUAGCAAUAGCGACGGCAGGAAAUAACAUUGCUUACAUUUUUGUAUGCGUGCCAAAGCGUACCAUUUACUAAUCAAAACUUUACUUGGCUCUAAAACGUAUUUAAUAUCUUUCUUUCAAUACCAUUUAGAGCAAAAUUCUAUUGUUUUUGCUGUUGUACUUUAAAUGCAAACUCACUAAUGAUGGUAGUUUGGUGGUAAUGGUUUUAUCACGUAAUCACUUUUGUAUUUACACUACAAAAGCACAUGUGUUUUUCCCGUCCCAUUUACUCAAAAUGUCGAAAUUCAUUAUUUUGCUGGUAUCCGCAUCCUAUAUUCAAGCCCAUCAAUUAAAUUCAACUUUAGAACAGGAUUCAAACUAGGAAGUGGUUAUUUUCCCGAAACCAGAUACAAUAGGUAACACUUCGGACACCAUUCAUCCGAUACCAGUAUUUACGAGUUCUUCUUUCAACAAGCUAAAAUGAUAAAUUUCAGUAGAUUUCAGGUGAAUCCUCCGUAGCCAAGUGGUUUAGCCAUCAGCUUUCUUGUACUACACAAUUCUAGUUGUGUUAGAUUCGAAUCCCACAAUGAAUAGUGAGGUGUGAGCGGAUAGGGAGUAGCUCCCUACUCUGAGGUUAGAUGGUUAAAUGUUGUAUGUACUGUACUAUGUGUAAUAUUAUAAAGGUUCAGAUUUGACUUCCACUACCGCUUAUGGAACCAUAAACCAAUCAGAUGCAUUUGAACUAUUAAUUAUUAUUAUUAAAUGAAAUUUAUAUUGCGCCAGUUCCAUAUGCAUGAAUGCUCACUUGCAUAUUAAAACUAUCCAAUCAACCAAUCAGAUGCGUACUAGCCAGUGAAAGGUAAGGGUAGUGGAAGUCAAAUCUGAAGCUCUCUAUUCUUUUGGAUAAAUUGCACUGUAGUUUGUAGUUAUACAUUGGGAUCUGGUGUUGGACAACCCCAACAUUCAAAUUAGUAAUUACCUGGAGUCAAACCUUGGUUAUGCUCUAUAAUUUGAUUGUUUGCUGAUUAUGUAGCUUGAAGACAUAAUGUUAGAUACAAUAUUGUACUGGAUAGUCAUGGUUUUGAUGGUUUAUGAUGUUUAUACGGGGUCAGCUGUAGCUUCUAUUAAUGAAGUUGUAUUAACAUUGUUUUAAGAUUCUGCGAUGCCAGUAUCAAGGUGGACGGCGACAUGUAGUUAAAGGCUUAUUUCAAUCUUCAUUUGUCAAAGAUCUGAAAGAAAAACUCUUCCUUAUCACUGACGUCCCACUUCAUUUACAAAGAAGUAAGUUCAAGGUUUAUGUCCUGUUUUUUUGCUUCAAAAUUUCAUCUACAAGCGUAAUGGUAUGUAACCAUUCAUAAAAAGCUUUUGUCUGUCAGUUUUAAUAGGUUUUCCCCCCAAGGAGAUAAGCCUAAAAAAUGAAAAUGCAUCGCUGUCAAGUACUGGCAUCAAAUCUGGCGACACUUUAAUUAUAGAACAACGUCAUCAUUCACACGCAUCCAAUAAUGAAAUUGUUCCAAAGUUAACAAGAAAGUAAGUUUACUUAAUACGUUUUCAUUUCUUGAUCAAUUGCCCCACAACAACCACUUUAUGAACAAUUUCUACAGUAGGAAUAAUUAAGAUCGACUAAGAAUAAAUAAAUGUGAUUCAGCGGCCGGUUGUACGAUUGCCUGCAUAGCGCUAUCCACUGGAUAAGGAUUUUUCAACCGUUGUACGGAGACCUACGGAUGUGGACCUCACAAUUAAUAAAAUAAAACUUCAAUUUAUAAAUACUAAAGUUUGAUCCGGGUUCACCAAUCAACGAAAAAUUUUAGAAAGGUUGAAAAAAUCACCAUCCGAUGGAUAGCGUUAUAAUUCGGCUUUCGUACAACCGGCCCCGGAUCAUUUAUUUUUGUGUUUGAUUAGUAUAACCAUUGUCAUAGAAUGUGUACUGUAACUAUAUUCCAUUGAUUUUUAUCUAGAACUGUUCCUGCUGAUAAUUCAUGUUUAUUUGCUAGCAUCAGGUACUGUAAUAGUUAUAUAAAUUAUGAAAUUUCACCUUGAACCUUUUUGUUACGAAGCGUUAAAUGCGUCUUUAAUUGUAAUUAAAUAAAGGAUAAAUAGAUCAUUUUUAUCAACUCAUCAACAAAUCGUAAUCCAGAAUUACAUGUACUGUAGGCAAAUCCAUGUUUGAACAACAAGCCGCUGUGUGCAUGAUUGUAUACAUUAUCUAAAAGGCAUACCAUGAAAAAUGACACCGAUUUAGCAGAAAAAAUAAAUUUAACGUUUUGGGACCAAAAGACGCACAGAAUUACCCUGUGAAAGAUUAUUCAAAGGUUUUUUCAUUACAAUGACUCUCAGAAUGAAAAUAAAAAAAAUCCCAGCCAAUUUCUGUUUGUCUUGAUCGUGGAGGUUGCGUGGGAUAAUCCACGUACUUUCCGCGCGUUUGGAACUUUCGUCCGCUAUCGUGCAGGGAGUAAGUCGACCCGAGCCCCCAAUAUGUCAAUUUCAACAUACCCCCAUGGUGUUUCUUUUCCAAAGCAAGUUUGCCUUUUGCAAAAUCAGUUGUGACAGAAAACACCCUUUUAACCCCAAAAUUUGAUCACGAUGGCAUAAUUGGCUACUAUUCAUCCUGACGGAUGCAUGGUCAGAUACUGUACGAUUACGCAAGGUGAAAAUCCACCAUACAGUCCAUCCUGUCAAUGUUUACCACUCGACAAAUGACUCUGUCAACAAAUGUUUUAUAGUUACGUGAUGCUUGGCAUUACAUCGUUUUCUGGGGAACUUCGCAAUCUUAUAGUAACUGCAGUGUCAAAUGAUCCAGUUACAUUUAAUGAGGCAUUUUUGGGCAGAUCUAAUAAAGACUAUUGCGACUGGAUAGCAAAUCCUGAAAGAUGGGGAGGUAUGGUCCAUGUAUGGUUGUAAGGCGUAUUUUUGUAUUGUGGUUCCAAAUAAAUAGAAAUCAAAUUUGCUCAAGUUUUUAAUGAAACUAGCUGAAACGCAAUUGUAACUAUGGAAACAAAAUAAAAUACAUUUCACAAUCAUUCAUAGCAAUUUUAUUAUGAUAAUCGAUCAUCUGGAUAUACUAUCCCUGAAUGAAUAUUUCCCAUAUUGUGUUAUAGGUGCAAUUGAGAUAUCCAUUUUGAGCAAGCAUUACGAAACUGAGAUUGAUGUUGUAAACACAGAAAGUGGGCGAAUAGAUCGAUUUGGUAAGUUGCACCACUAUACCCCAUGUACAUACAUG